CGAAGUCAUCAAUCUUGCAUAUUGUGUGACUUCACUCGCCUGGAGGAGGCUGAUCGCUGGCAUCACGUGGCCGCGGCCAGCAUCACUAGUCGGCAAGGAGCAGCUCGGAGGAGGCGAGCUUUCACUAUGGAGCAUCCAGGCUGCGGCGCGCUCUGACUGCACGGCGCUUAGACUCAUUCCGCUGGGACCGCUCUCCAAACGCACAGGUUAUGCCAUCCCACAGGCUGACUGGAAACCCAACCGUCAAAGAGAAGGGCUGAUCCCGGACCCGUGCCCCCACUGCUGCCUUCCCGUGUCCCCAUGGCGACAGGAGGUCAUGCUCCCGAGACAGACGUGCUGAUCAACCUGCAUCAGGUUCUGGCUGAAGAAGAGAAGGGCCCCACUGAUGGACAGGAGGAGGAGGACUGGGAGAAGGCCCUGUCUGUGGAGCGGUUCGGCGACAUCAUCUCCGAAUCCGCCUCGAGCAGCGCUGAGAAGAUGGGCCGCUGCUACAACGAGAAGGACUUUGAGUAUCACCGCCACACCUUCCACCACACCCACCACCCGCUCUCCACCCACCUGCCCCCGACGCUGCGCUUCCGCAAGCGAGUGCUGAGCAUCGAGCGCCGCAGGAAGAAGAAGCGCAAGAAAAAGAAGACCUCCAUGCCACCCUCCGAGGUCACACCCACCAUCCACGAGGUCGACGAGGAGGAGGCAGAGUCAGACGCAGAGGGCCAGGGGCGGGGCCAGGCGGCCACGCCCACCGAGCAACCAGGCGCCAAACCAAAGUUCAGCCUCGGAAGCGAAGAGGACCUCACGCCUCCGGUCCCCUUCGCCAGCUUCCACAUCGAGAACGAGAGCCCGCCCACGCCCGAGGAGGCCACACCCAGCCACCUGGAGCAGGAGGAGAAGGAGCAGGAGCAGGAGCCACGCCCAGAGGAGUCUUUGAGCAGGUUCUCGGCCCCCCCGGAGGCCCCCAGCCUGACCACGCGGGGAUGGUUCCGGCGGAAGCCGCUGCACCGGCUGCCGGGGGCCCAGCGCUCCAGCUACGACCUGCGGGAACGCAUCUGCAUCGGCAGCAUGACCGCCAUGGAGACCGCCGUCUACCAGAAGGUGCCCACCGACGAGGCGGAGGCGCAGAUGCUGGCCAGCGCCGACCUGGACGACAUGAAGAGUCACCGGUUCGAGGACAACCCCGGGGUGAGGCGUCACCUGGUGAAGAAGUCGUCCCGUAACCAGAUGACCCGUACCAGCAACAGCUCGCCCCCGUCCUCCAGCAUCAAGAAGAGGAAGAAGUCAGACAAGAAGGUCCAUGAGGUCUUUGUGGAGCUGAACGAGCUGAUCGUGGAUAAGAACCAGGACAUGCGCUGGAAGGAGACGGCUCGCUGGAUAAAGUUUGAGGAGGAUGUGGAGGAGGAGACGGACCGCUGGGGCAAGCCUCAUGUGGCCUCGCUUUCCUUCCGGAGCCUUCUGGAGCUCCGCAGGACCAUCACCCACGGUGCCGUGCUGCUGGACCUGGAGCAGACCACCCUGCCGGGCAUCGCACACCUGGUGGUGGAGACCAUGAUCAUCUCUGACCAGAUCAAGGCCGAGGACCGUGCCAAUGUACUCAGGGCCUUGCUUCUCAAACACAGCCACCCCAACGAUGAGAAGGAGGGCUUCUUCCCGCGGAACCACUCGGUGAACAGCCUGACCAGCUUCCACCGAAACCACAACCACCUGCCGGACACCAGCCUGCCGCUGGUGACCGAGGACCACGUGGAGCUGCGGGAGACCAAGGGCGCGGAGCAUGAGAAAGAGAAAGCGCUUCACCCCCUUCCUGCUGAAGCUCACCCUGCUGCCAGGUCCCUGAAACUCCUGUCCAAGAUCCCCAAGGAUGCUGAGGCCACCGUGGUCUUAGUGGGCUGUGUGGAGUUUCUGGAGCAGCCGGCUAUGGCCUUCGUCAGGCUCAGCGAGUCUGUGCUGCUGGAGUCUGUCCUAGAGGUGCCAGUGCCUGUACGCUUCCUCUUCGUGCUGCUGGGACCCAGCCAGUCCAACAUGGACUACCACGAGAUCGGCCGCUCCAUCUCCACACUCAUGUCUGACAAGAACUUCCACGAGGUGGCCUACUUCGCCGACGACCGGCAGGACCUCCUGAACGGCAUCAACGAGUUCCUGGACUGCAGCAUCGUGAUCCCGCCCUCGGACGUGGAGGGGAAGGACCUGCUGAAGACCGUGGCCUCCUUCCAGAAGCAGAUGCUGCGUAAGAGAAAGGAGAGAGAGAACAAGAAGUGCAUGACGUCCGUGGUGGGGGCCGACAGCGAGAGCAAGGAGCUGAGCCUGGACGAGCAGGAGGAGGAGGAGCUGGAGGUGGACCCCCUGAAACGCUCGGGGAUCCCGUUCGGGGGCCUGAUCCACGACAUCCGCCGCCGCUACCCCCACUAUAUCAGCGACAUCAAGGAUGCCUUGGAUACGCAGUGCAUCGCCGCCGUCAUCUUCAUCUACUUCGCCGCUCUGUCGCCCACCAUCACCUUUGGGGGGCUCCUGGGGGAGAAGACGCAGGGCAUGAUGGGAGUGACGGAGCUCAUCGUGUCCACCGCCACACUCGGGGUGCUCUUCUCCCUGCUGGCCGGACAGCCGUUGCUCAUCAUCGGCUUCUCGGGGCCCCUGCUGGUGUUUGAGGAGGCCUUCUUCAAGUUCUGCCAGGUGCAGGGGUUUGAGUACCUCACAGGCCGGGUGUGGAUUGGCUUUUGGCUCAUCUUCAUCGUGAUGGUCAUCGUGGCGGCGGAGGGGAGCUUCCUGGUUCGGUACAUCUCUCCCUUCACCCAGGAAAUCUUCGCAUUCCUCAUCUCCCUCAUCUUCAUCUACGAGACUUUCUCCAAGCUCAUCAAGGUGUUCAGCGAGCACCCCCUGAUGAAGAUCUACCCCCCUCCCAGCUCCCAGCCCGCUGUGGGCUUUGUAAACCUGUCCGCUGGGGACGACCCGACGGAGGUGCCCCUGCUGAACCAGCCCAACACGGCGCUGCUGUCCCUGGUGCUGAUGCUGGGCACCUUCUUCGUGGCGUUCUUCCUCAGGAAGUUCAGGAACAGCCGCUUCCUGGGCGGGAAGGCCAGAAGAGUCAUAGGGGAUUUUGGGAUUCCCAUCUCCAUCCUGUUUUCUGUUAUUGUUGAUUACUCCAUCCCUGACACCUACACACAGAAGCUGAAUGUUCCGUCUGGUUUUUCGGUCACGUCGCCCGACAAGCGCAGCUGGUUCAUCAGCCCGUUCGGGGACAAGCAGGCCUUCCCUGUGUGGAUGAUGGGGGCCUCUGUGGUCCCAGCCCUCCUGGUCUUCAUCCUCAUCUUCAUGGAGACUCAGAUCACCUCGCUGAUAGUGUGUAAGAAGGAGCGGCGCCUGGUUAAAGGUUCGGGGUUCCAUCUGGACCUGCUCCUCAUCGUGCUGCUGGGUGCCGUGUGCCCCCUCUUCGGCCUCCCCUGGCUGACCGCAGCCACCGUGCGCUCCGUCACCCACGUCAAUGCCCUGACCGUCAUGAGCAAGGCCACUGCCCCCGGCGAGAAGCCCAUGAUCCAGGAGGUCAAGGAGCAGCGGGUGACCGGGAUGAUCGUGUCUCUGCUCGUCGGCAUGUCCAUUGUGAUGACGGACGUGCUACGCACCAUCCCGCUGGCGGUGCUGUUCGGGAUCUUCCUCUACAUGGGCGUCACCUCCCUCACUGGCAUCCAGCUGUACGAGCGCAUCAUGCUGAUGGUCACGCCUGCCAAGCACCACCCCGACCACAUCUACGUCACCAAGGUGAAGACCUGGCGUAUGAACAUGUUCACCCUCAUCCAGCUGGGCUGCAUCGUGCUGCUGUGGGUGGUCAAGUCGACCGUGGCCUCGCUGGCCUUCCCCUUCAUCCUCAUCAUGACCGUGCCCCUGCGACGCCUUAUUCUCACUCGCAUCUUUGAAGACAGAGAGCUCAAAGCGCUGGAUUGUGAGGAAGAGUCUCCUAAUUUUGAUGAAGAUGGUCGUGAUGAAUAUAAUGAGCUUCACAUGAAUGUAUAGACAAGGCAGCUGGCAGAGGCCCUGUCAGCUCAAACCAAUCCAGCAGCACAGACCAAGAUGGGGACGGGAACAGAACUCUUACUGGGUAUUGGGUAGGUGUAGGUCUACCUGUGUAGCACUGACGUGGAGGGGUGAGGAGGAUGUAGUACAAUGACUGAUGUAUUGUGCUGUG